AUGAGCCAAAAAGUGGAUUUAGAACUGAAUAGAUGGAAAGAAGAGAAUCAUCGGCGGAUCGAAAAUGAACGAAUUGAAUAUUUCGGUCCACUUUACAUGUGGAUCAAAAACUGGGUUGGCCCACUUCCAAAUCUGCGUGAUCAUUUUCGAAAAGAUCAAAUCGAGAAUAUUCUGAAGGGUGCCGUGGAGUGUUCAGAAGUAGAUAUUAUCAGAUUUGUGAUUAAGUGUGGCUACAAAGACGUACCCGACGUCGAUAAAGACGGCAAGUCCGUGUUGCGUCGCAGCACACCAGUGCAUUUUGCUGAUAGAUACGGGCUAGAGCGCUACCACCUACUCGAUGAUUUGUUUAAAAUAUACGACAAAUUUGACGUGAAUUACGUCGACGAAAAUGAAGUUACGCAUUUCCACGUGGCCUGCAAAGCUAACUGUAAAUACGUCGUCGAGAAAUUUCUCGAACUCGGGCAAGACCCUAAUUGCCGCGGACAAAAAUCGACCAACUCGCCGCUGUAUUCUGCUGUGAGUUGCGGACGAAAAUGGGAAGUCGAAUUGCUACUGAGAAGAGGCGCAGAUCCAAAUUUGGCCAAUGCAGAAGGAUUGACACCUCUACAUGCCAUUUGCAAUAUCCAAUAUUUAUACGAUUAUUACACCCCUCCCAAUGACAGAUUGACGCAAUUCGACAUACUCAAGUACUUCCUGGAGAUCAACGACGAAAUUCAGCAGACGGUGCAUGUCAAUGCCCAGGAUAAGGAGGGCAACACACCGCUGCAUUUGGCAUUACGAAUCGGCCGCAAGGAGGUUAUCGAAUAUCUACUAGGAAGAGGCGCCGAUCCAAACUUGGCCAAUGACAAGGGAUUCACACCUCUGCACACGAUUUGCAAUCAUUGGGAAGAUCGCCAUGUCUUGAUGAAAACGUUUUUCAAGGUCUGUAAGGCAAAACGUCAGUUGGUGCAAGUCGAUGCCCGAGACAAGUCGGGCCUGACACCACUUCAAUGGGCUGUGGCGUGUCUUUCGUUGAAAACUGUCGAUGUACUACUCAAAAAUGGCGCUGAUCUGUCCAGCUUCGUUUUACCAACUACGGAUCACUUCUGCCAAGUAUUAAAUUCACGCACUAGGUUUUAUCAUUUCCAAUCAGAUCUAGCGGCCAGCGCUAUGGAACUCGUCGAACUUCUGACGAAUAGAGAAUACGAACUGGACCGAGGCGAUGCAUUGACGAUCAUGGAAUUAUUCGCUAAGUACGGCUUGUUCCAAAAAUCGGAGGAUCUCGACAACCGUUGGUACGAUGAAGACUGGAGGUUCGUGGCAAAAGCGAAAAAGAUCAAGAUAAACUCAAGUCAGUCGCUGUACGACCUCAUUCAAUUGAGACCCGAGGAGGCGGCAAGACGAUUCGCUCGUGCGGAUCUCUUAAAGUUCGGCCACUCGAAAAAACUACGAGACCUGCACAUAGAGGAAAGAGAGGCCUGCUAUGUACAUCUGUGCGAGACGCUGUCAAGGAGAUUUUUCUUGCGAUGGGCAGGGCCUUCUUUGUGGCAAGUGGUGCACUACCGGUUGCCGAUUCUCUGCUGUGAAAUGAUCAACGAGGUUCUGAUGAACGAAGAUUUACGAAAUAUCUGUUUGACGGCUGAACGCCUAAGCUCGUAA